ACUACCCACUCCACCUCAUCUCAUCCCUUCUCAAUACCCCCAACUCCAGAUAGAGCUUUCCACACAAACCAAGAAAAGAGAAAAUGGCUUCCACCAACUCUCUCUGCAACAUCAUAAUCUCCUUCUUCUUCUUCCUAGCCAUCUUCUCUUCUCUUCAGCUUCCACCAACUGCCACUGCUUUCGAGUUCGACGUUGGAGAUGAGGAGGGAUGGAAGGUUCCACCUUCCGAAAAACCUAAAUUAUACAAUUCCUGGGCAUCGAAAAACAGAUUCCAAGUCGACGAUAUCAUUAAUUUCAAGUACAAGAAAGAUUCAGUGAUGGUGGUGAAUUCGGAAGACUACGACGAUUGCAAUUCCACUCACCCCAUCUUCUUUGCCAACAACGGGGACACCAGUUUCAAGCUCGAUCGCCCGGGGCUUUUCUAUUUCAUCAGUGGAGUCUCUGGACACUGCGAGCUAGGUCAGAAGAUGAUAAUUAAGGUUUUGGGCCAGACGCCAGCUCCCGAAAACUCUCCUUCGCCGCCUGGUGGCACCACAAAUUCAAAUGCUGCAGUUUCAACGGCUAGGAUUGCUUAUAUAGUGAUAAUGUUAGUAAUUGGUUUUCUCUUUCUUGAAUUUUAGGUUGAUAGUCUGAAUAGCCACAUUUUGAUAGUGUGGUUUUAGUGUCGUUUUUAGUUUGAGUUAGUCUUACUAUUAUAUCAGGAUGUUUGGGUGUGAUUUUAUGUGAGUUUUUGAAAUUCUGAUGUGGGAUUUAUAAUAUUUCACUAUUUAUGAUUUUACUAG